AGCGCCCUCUACCACGCUUUAAUGACCUGUGCUCCUGUGCUUCGGGUGUGCGGAGGGAAAGCGAGCGGAGUAUGGCAAAAAGCUGAAACUGAAAGGCCUCCCAUGUAAGAGUGUGUUUAUGUUGUGCCAAGGGAAAUCCCGACCAGCGAGGCGGUUCGACAUGCGGGAUAAAAGCUGUGCGAGUGAGCUGCAGCGUCGACCCAUCCAGGCCUGCCUAUUCAUCUUCGUCCUCUUCUCAGCCUACACAGAGUCGCUCGCGCGCUAUGCAGGACUGACCACGUGGUCCAGCAGGCGUGGCUCGAGCCUUGAUAUCGACCGGUGUGAUGAACUUCAGCUACAGGGUCACAGUAGGUGCGAAGACGGCCGUAGUGUGAAAGAAGUUUGGUCGCCGUCGCAGGAGGACCACGAGAGUCGGCCCCAAUCGCCACCAACAGAAGGAAUCACCCUAACCGUCCUAAACCAAAGAACAGCGGCACUCAUCUUUACAAAGGUGUUCCCGCUUGGCUACUACUGGGCGCACUAUGCUGACCUACAGUGGCACUUGGAUCGCGUGGCACCCGGACGCAUCCUCGUCCUCACGGUAGCCGUCUCUGGCACUGUGGGGCUCCGCCAAGCAGCCCAGCAACUCGCUGGCCUCGGCUCCCUCUUCGCCUUGCACCUCACGCCCAUGGCACACUGGACCUGGGUCUUCGUCAAGGGCGGCCGCACCAUCUCGGAGACAGUCAUCCUUCAAGGACUAGCGCAACACCAAGCGCACCUCGUUCUGCCCCUCUCCCAUGUACCCACGCCCACUGCUCCCUCCAAUCAAACGCUGCAACAACAACGCUGGCACUACUGCCACCUUCACGCUGCCAUGGGCGGACUUUGCGAUGAGCACACUCCGGACCCACUGCCACCGCCCCCGCCGCCUACCCUCCAGCACCAAUCCGCCCUCGCCGAUGUGCCCGUCGUCGUCACAGCCGGUGCCCGCCACCAGUACCUCUACCACACCCUCAAUACCCUCCUCACUGCCCCCGGGGCACAACGUAACAACGUGCUCGUCGUGCUUGGGGACGCACCACAGCCUACCACACAACUGCUACGUCUCAUCAACGUCAACUUCACCAAAGUUCCUGUUCACGGGGAAGGCAACCUCAAACUCUUCCGUUACUACCGUAGCGUCUUCCAGCUGGUGGCUCGCACCUUCCCCGACGCCCCUGCAGUCAUUUUCCUGGACGAGGACGUCGAGGUCUCCCCAGACUUCUUCUCCUUCAUGAGCCAGACUCUGUGGCUGCUCCGCGAGGACCCCACACUCUACUGCAUCAACGGUUUCUCAGCAACGGGAUUCGAAGGACGUGCAUUCAACGAAUCACAGGUAUUUCGAGGAUCCGUUCAAGUAGAGUGGGGUUAUGCAGUUUCUCUCGAUUUUGUAAGGGAAGCACUUGCAUCCUGGGUUGAUGAAGUCAAUGCACACUUCUAUGACUUUUGGCUGUAUAAUUAUGUCCGCAAAAACCGUGAAUGCGUGUUCCCUGAGGUGAGUCGGACGCGGCACUUCGGAAUGGGUACCAACACUGUCCCUUACCUUAAGGAACCAGUUAUAAGAAUGCCCCUUCAGCGCGAGGCUCCAAUCACCCUUCGCGGGGUCUCUACGUUAAAACUUCCUUCUUGGCAAAAGUAUAUAAGCCAAGAAAUCAAGGAUGCCACGGUGCUCACGGGCAACCCCUGUCGCGAUGACUUCCUCCCUUCGCCGCUCCCCGCCCGCUCUUACGUCUUCUACUACCGACUUGACAGGACCCCAGCAGGGCAAAGCGACAUCCACCAGUACCACAACGCAGCCAUGUGUGUUGGGCUGUGGUCUCUCUCUGACCAAGGUCACCAUCGAGGUGUCAGUGUGGUGCGAUUCUCCCCAAAUUCGACACUAUACCUGCUCGGUGUUCCCUAUUCACAUUAUUCUCAUUUAUACACAAAAAAUACAGCCUUGUGGAAUGUCGACCUCCUAAGUGAUCAACAGUUAACUCAGAUGACAAACUAUACACUGGAACAAGAAAGUAUGAAAGAAUAUAUCCGUAACAUCAAUAUGACUGCCGAAUAUUUAAGUGAAUUAUUAGCAGCUAUAAAAUAACAGUCUACUGCUGACUUUUUGACUCGUCACAUUAAGACACGGCCUGAUUUGCUAAUAAAAUCGACAACUUA